AACAACAACAAUAAUAAAAACUUAGAAUCCAAAACUGGGAAUCCUCAACAUUCAUUUACUCAAUUACGUUGUGUGUGUAGUAGGCAGUGGACACGCUAAGCAUUAAGUACUGUGUGAAACCAGGGACCUUAUCUUCAACUCACCUGUCCAAUACCAGCUCCCUCCCCUACCUGUUCCUUAAGGUGAUUAUUCUUUGGGCUCUGGUGCUACACUUUUCUGAAUUCAGAGUCCCGCUGUGCCACUUCCUACCUGUGUGAUCUCAGACAAUUUCUUUAGCUAUUUCUGAAUCGGUUUCCUUACCGAUUCAGAGAAUAGUAAAGUCUCUCUUGUGAAACUGAUGUGAGGAACAAAGGAGAGAUUGACAGCAAGAGCUUUUCUUUGGUCAGUAACUAACCGCAGCAGGUGGCUUCUGGUGCACGCGGGACCCCUGGGGCUGGGGUGAAACUUGCGGAGAGCGUCUGGGGGAGGGGAGGAUCCCUAGUCACUAUGGCAACGGGAGACGCCUCGCAUUCUCCCGCAGCCUGCGGCGGAGCCGAGAAGGCGACUGGCGACGACACUGGCGGCAGGAGAGUGGAGAAGGUGGUGGUAAUGACUACUGUGGUGGCACCCGAGGCGAGCCCCAGCGGGGAGCAGCCUCGGCAGGAGGCCGGGCUGGGGUGCGGAGUUCGCUGGGAGCCCAGCUCCAGCUGCCCUCAGGAGUCCCGCAAACAAAGUGUAUUCCCCAGCAGCCGCGGACCCUGCGCAGAGGGACGUGCGGUGUGGAGAACUGGGAAGAAAUUUUUAUAUUGUGAGCCACAUAAGAGAAUUAAGGAAGUACUGGAAGAAGAACUUUAUAUUAAGAAAGAUGAAUGCCACAUUAAAAAUCCACCUGCAGUGGCCCUGGAAGGGAUUUGGAGCAUUAAAAGGAAUCUCCCUGUGGGAAGCUCGAAGCCAGCACUGCCCAGCAGAAACAUUUCACUGCCACAAGCCAAGUUCUACUCAAGGCAUGGAGGGAUGAGAAGUAAGACCCCAACACCCCAACUUCCACCAAAGCCCUGAGGGGUAAGAAGAAUAAAUUUUUCCUUUGAGAAGAAACCUCUUUCUCCUAAUGUCUGAAAAACAGAGAAGAAAUCCAAGCUUGUUUCACAGUUUAAGAGGUGUAAAAAAUGUACAUUAAUCUAUAAUUUCUAUUAUUGGUAUUAAUUCCUACCUAUCAAUUAAUCCAAAGUAAUGAUGGACUAUUAGUAAAGUUUGCUAAGCACCUGAAAA